AUGAAUAAUCCAGAAGUAGAAAUGGAAUUGAUGUUAAGUUUCUUAGAGCAGAUAAAUCAACAUGGGUUGAUUAAUAUUAACAACGAUAGAGACGAUUUAAUUGUGUCAAUGACACCAGAUAACCAAGAACAAUUAAUUGUUGAGAAACAAAACAUAAAAUAUUUAAUGAAUAAAGAAUCACGAAGUAUAUCGAAAUUAAAACUGGCAGAAUCUUUAUUAAAAAAUGGUGAUUUUCAAUUAAAUAAUGACCGAAGUGCAAUUCAAUAUCGUUGUUAUUACGUUAAGCAUGUAUAUAUGUUGGAGAAAUGGGAUAUAACAAAGUGGUCAGAUAUAUUAAUGAGAAAAGUUGUUGAAAAAAGUUGUCGACGAAACAAAAAUCAAGCCUGA